GCUCGACAACAGCCGCCAAGCAGCGGCAGUGAGAGUAACUGACUGUGGUGCCACGUGGAACGGUCGCGUCUCUUGCACUCGUAUCGGAGUCCUUCGACGGUACUGUACGAAUCGCCCGUCGUUGCUCUGUGCUUCUAAAAUCGACGUUCCGCGCUUCUGAACCGAAAACCGAAAAUCCUGUACCGGAACGCAGUGGAAAUAAAUUAUACACAGACAAGCAGUGAUAAAAAGCCGAAAGGGGCCGAUUUUCCGUAAUAAUUAAUUGCUCAGGGCUUUUUUUCCUCCAACCACGAUGGCGAACAGCGCUACGCAUACCAUUAUAAAGCAGCCUACGUGGUGGCGCCGCCGCACCGCCGCGGAGCGCAGGCUGGUGCUGACACAGACGGUGGCGCUCCUAGCUGCGGUUGGGCUCGCCGUCUUAGUGGUCGUGGUCGUCGCCAGGCGGCAGCACCAGCCCGGGGCUGCCCAGGUGUCGGCAUCCGGGUCCGUCAACCAGAGCCUGCAGAACGUCUGCCUCACGCCAGGAUGUGUCCGUGCAGCGUCCGAGGUGCUCAGCAAACUGGACCCAUCAGUCGAACCCUGUGACGACUUCUACCAGUAUGCGUGUGGCAACUACCUGCGCACCACUAACAUCCCGGAUGACAAGUCAGUGGUGAGCACCUUCUUGGAUCUGAGAGAAGAGCUCCAGGAGAAGCUGCGCAACGCCAUAGAAGAGGAGGAGACCCAAGCAGUGGUCCCCAGGAGCUUACAGCUGGCACGCAACCUCCACACCGCUUGCACAAACAAGAAACGGAUCGAGUCCCGCGGCCUGGAGCCACUCCAGAGGGUCCUGAAGGACGAGCUAGGCGGCUGGCCUGCUGUAGAGGGCGACUCUUGGUACGAGACGAGCUUUGAUUGGCUGCACAGCAUCUACCGCUUCCGCAGAGCCGGCUUCAGCAUCGAUUACUUCAUUAAGUUCCAAGUGAAACCUGAUGUGCGCAACUCCACGCAACGUUACAUGCAUCUGGACCAGGCAUCGCUGGGUCUGAGCCGCGAGUUCCUGCUGAAGGGUCUCUCGGACAAGCGGGUGGACGCCUACUACCAGUACCAGGUCGACCUGGCAGUUCUGCUGGGCGCCGAGAGGACACGCGCUGAGCGCGAGCUCAGGCAGUCCCUCGAGUUUGAGAUAGCUCUGGCCAACAUGUCGCUGCCGAAGGAGGCUCGACAGGACCAGACGCGACUGUACAACCCGCGCACCGUGGAGCAGCUGCAGCGCGACCACCCGUCGGUGCCGUGGCUGGAGUGCCUGCGGGCGCUGCUGCCGCCGCACGUCACCGUUUCCAGCGACGAGGUGCUCGUCGUGGCCGUGCCCUCCUACCUCAAGAGCCUCGAAGCCCUGCUCAGCCAUACUCCCAAAAGGGUGGCGGCCAAUUACGUGAUGUGGCGGGCGGCCAUGGCUGCGGUGCCGUACAUGACGCAGGAGCUGCGGGGCCGCCAGUUCGAGUACCAGGCAGCCCUCACUGGCAGGAGGGAGCGCGAGUUCCGCUGGAAGGAGUGCCUCAGCAUCGUCACUAGACGCCUGGGGCUGUCUGUGGGCGCCAUAUACGUGCGCAGGUACUUCAACAAGGCGGCCAAGGAGGCGGCGCUCGAGAUGGUGGGCGACAUCCGCCGCGAGUUCCUCCGCACCCUGCGCCAGCUGGACUGGAUGGACGAGGGCACCAGGAAGAAGGCACUCGAGAAAGCCAAGUCGAUGGUCGCCCACAUCGCCUACCCAGACGAGCUACUGGACGACAGGAAGCUGGACCACUUCUACGAGAAGCUGGAGAUCAACCCGACCUUGUACCUGGAGAGCAUGCUCAACGUGACCAAGUUUCUGACCAACUACUCCUUCAGCCAGCUGCGGCAGCCCAUCAACAAGACCGAGUGGAUCAUGCACAAGACGACGGACGUCAACGCCGCGUACGACCCCGCCGAAAACUCCAUAGAGAUUCCAGCGGGUAUCCUCCAGGGUGUCUUCUUCAGCGCUGACCGUCCCAAGUACAUGAACUACGGCGCCAUCGGCAUCCUAAUUGGCGACAGGAUCACAGCCGGCUUCAUCGGAGAGGGUCGUCAGUUUGACAAGAAUGGCAACCUGGUGGACUGGUGGGACCCUGUGACCCGCGACAAGUUCCUCAAGAAAGCUGAGUGCUUGAUCUCACAGUAUGGGAACUAUACCGAAGAGCAAACAGGCUUACAUCUGAACGGGGUCAACACGCUGGAGCGGAACACUGCGGACAACGGCGGCCUUGUGCUGGCGUACGGCGCCUACCUCGCGCUGGAGCGCCGCAGCGGCCGCCCGGAGCCGCGCCUGCCCGCGCUGUCCGGACUCUCCCCGCGGCAGAUGUUUUGGGUGUCUGCCGCACAGAACUGGUGCUGCAAGUACCGUACUAAGACGAUGAUAGAGUUCAUCACCACUGGAGUUCACUCCCCAGACAACUUCCGAGUACUGGGCCCACUCAGCAACCGGCCCGAGUUUGCCGAGGACUUUGCAUGUCCUCUCGGAUCCCGCAUGAACCCGCUGGAGAAGUGCCAGGUGUGGUGAAGAGUCCAGCAGAGGUGCCGGACUGUCGGAAGCCUGAUGCUGACAACCGGCUGGAGCCGCUGCCAGCCACACACGAAUAACAACAGAGCGAGAGGAAAUCUAUUGGCUCACACCCCAGCUGCAGAACUGUCUGUGGGGCCUUCACUGUGUGGGGCCUGUGAGAUAGCAGACUCGAAAGAGAGGAGCAGCUGCACUUAAAUAGGAUCGUCCAGAUCCUAUGGUUUCAGCACACGCUCAAUCGAAUUUCCGUCUGUGUGUGUCUGCGUGUUUGCACCAUAAUUACCUGCUCCUGUUUGGAGUAGAUAAAUAAACCUGUGUGCAGAAGCCAUUAGUUUUAUCCUAAGUGUUAAUCAAUUAUUGUAGCUACUGCAGUCUAUCUUACUAAUACUCCACAUUCAUUUAGUGGAAUUAUAUCAGUGGAAAAACUACACCAAUAACAAUGUGUUGUCACACAUACGGUUUAAUGACCGCCAUCUUCAGGUGAGACGCUGCUGCUCCUGAGAACAGUUGAAAACUAGUGCUAAACCCGCAAAUGUCGUCCCCGAACUCUACACGAGGCACGCAUCGCCCACCACAAGCGAUGCUCUCAAGACCGGACUUUUGGCGCCACCCUUAGUGUAACACUGGCGCCAAAAAUACGUUGCACUCGAAGACGAACCUCAAACACUCAAGCCGAUCACACCAAAGAACAUUGUGUUUCGAUGCUGUAUAUCAUAGCGUUCCACAUCCCGCUAAGAGAAAACCUUUGUUUCAAUUAAUGAAAUUUUCUGUUGACCUAAUUUCAAUUACCUUUUUAUGAACACUCUUCAAAAUACAGACGUACCAUAAAAUAUCAGGGUAUCUCAGUAUUCUUCCUAAAUCUUUCAUUUCAACAAUUCUCCACUCUCCUUAACUGUGCAAAUCGACCAGCCGAUGUAAGCUUUCCCCAAAUGACCCAGAAUUUUGGGUUUGCCAGGAUUUCAAAGUCCUAAAUCAUCCUUUAUAAAGCCGAGUAGUGCCCCAAUCUUGAUAGGUAGGCGGAACACAUUCAUAAUAUGAGAUAUCCUUAAAGUCAGAUCUAUGUCGAGGCAUACUGAAUAUGUGCCACACAUCUGUCUUCCUCCUCAUUCAUCUCCAGGGAUGGCUCAAACUGCAUAGCCUGAUGAACCUUCUUCUCAGAGUAUCCAUUUUAUUUAAACACAGCCGCCAAAUGCUGCAAAUUCCUAGGUUAAAACUGGUGACUCGAGAACGCCGUAUGCUCUGCGUACUAGAGUUUUAAGGACACCACGGCGUUGGUACGGCUGGUGGAAGUGUCAUUUUAUGGAGAUAACGAUCAGAAUUUGUCGAUUUAUGAUAAACGCUACGUGACAGAGUACCAUCAUGUUUUCGGUUAAACCCACACGUCCAAAAAAUCGAUGCUUCCCGUCACCUUCAAACUCCGUUUUAAAUUUAAUGCUGGGAGGUAGACUGAAGACAAAUCAUCUAAGAACAUCGUGUCUUUGGGGCAAGACGAUAAAGAUAUCGUCAACGUACCUCAAGAUGUGCACUGGUUGCAAAGCUGAAGUCCCCUAUGCCGUAUCCUUGAAGUAUUCCAUAAAUAAAUUUUGACCUAUAGAAGAUUAAGGACUACCUGUAGCAACCCUGUCAUUCUGAACAGUACCAUUUAAUGAAAAACAUGUCGAUGUCAACACAUGACUACAAAGCUGCACUAAUUGCUCAUCGAGUGUUCCCUAAUCACACUCUAGCACUCUUCCAAAGUGACAUAUGUGAAUAGAGCUACCACAUGGAAAUUUAUAAGUAAAUCCUAAAUGUCUAUGGGUGGUUUCGAGGAUAGGACAAUGAGCUUUGCAACAAAUGUGCUCGAGGAGACAGUAUGAUAGUUAAUUUGUGGACUAGCCCCACGGACGUGAUGCUGUAACCGAUUUAUGGACAAUUCAACUGUCUCCAUACAAGAACUAAAUAGGUCAUGGAGCCCGGAACUGACGAGAAGGUAUCGUUUUGGGACAUACUCGUUUACAAAAAUCAUGGUUAUACUCUGGGACAUAGUGUCUACUAAAAACCGACGAAUACUGAUAGUUAACUGCAUACAAAGAAUUUCCACCCAUCGUACCAAUGCCAUAGCGUGUUUAGAACUCUAGUACGCAGAGCGUAUAUUAUUUCCGACACAGACAGUCUAACACAAGAAGUUUGAGACUUGUGGCUGUGUAAAGGAAAAUGUGUACCGUGAGAUGCAAAUAUGGUGUCUGGACCACCGCCAGAAAUGCCUGCAGCGGAGCGUAGAUCUGUGGGCUUUGUUCCUUUGUGAUGCAAGUAUAGGCUAUCCUUUAACACUGAAAUAAUUUUGAGGAGAUUUUACAUUAAGUGUGUGUACCGUCCACCCGUCAAGGUUAGGGCACUGCUUGACUCUAUUAAGGAUGAUUUGAGACUUAGUAGGUAUUGCACACACAAAAUUCUGUGUGAAUGGGGAAAGCUUACGUAGACCUGUGUAUUUUUGCUGUUCCGGAUAUGUGCAAAGAAAAUCGCCGUCACAAGGGGGUUAACAGCUGGAGAAGUCGACAGUAGCGGAAAGUUAUUUAAACCAGAUACAUGGGAUGAAAUUCAACGAUACGUUUUUGGGAACAGUGUUUGUAAGGAUUUGGUUGAGUCUAUGUUCACAGACAAUUUGAUCAAUGGUGACAAGGGAUUUUGUCUUAGCAGGAAGUGGAACCCUGUUUUACCUAGCAUCAAAACACAGAGAUCUUAGGUUCCGCCGGCCCGAGAGUUUAAGAAUACUACUGCACUGCCAUAUACGAAUGGCGUCGGAGUGGUACUAGGGGCGGCAUAAAGGGCCAGUCAGGGGGGUAAGCAACUGUGGUGCAUGACGCAUGCGCUGUGUAUAAGUCCGGCCUCAGGAUUAGUUUUCACUGAGACUCAGCAGCUGCUUUCCUGAAAAUGAGAGACAGUGGGUCCACAAAAUAUUGAGUCAAGUCGAUUUUGAGAGCCGGCAGCGAAAACCAAGGAUAGUACCAGUGUGUGAAAUUUCCAUAGGCAUUUAUUUUCUCUGCAUGUGUUAUUCGAGCAUUUCACCAGAGAGCAGACAGAAUUAUAUAUCAAUAAAUGACAGUUUUUGCUACCUUUCAUAUGCAAUGAACAAAAAAGCUUACACCGUAUACCAUCUCAGUUUUUCGGUACUAUGUGUAUGAAUUAUGUGGGGAGGCUGCGCAACAAUUAUGAGAUUACAGAUAUAUCAGUCACUCUCCAGGUAUGUGGCAGGAGGACUUGUGUGAAAAUUUAAGUACGAGACGUUCAUUCUUCAGGAAGGUGAAAACUGUCCAGUUAGGAAUUUUGCCAUAUUCGAGAGUAACUAAUGCAUCAUGAAGACGCUGGAAUAUUUUUAAAUGUGUGAUGUAAUCAGUAUUGCCUGUAAUUAGUAAGGGAUUUGAUCAUACCAUAUAUUCCCAUCUGCUGGUCUCGUUGAAGAUAAUCCUCAGAAGACAUAACCAUAUUUUCACUUCGUUAAUGGAAUGUCACUUGUCACUGGGGCUGAUGUGUUAGAUACGCUUCAUGAAUAGACAGAAAACGUCGUCGUGCUGUCCACGACUAUCAUUAUUAUCUAGGCAAGAUAAGGCAUUUGUACAAAAGCCCAGUAAUAUCAUAUUUAAUUAUCAGCCAUAAACUUCAGGACCAUGUUAUGUCAUUAAAGUACUUAAUGGUGAUACUAGCAGUAGGUAUGAAGGGGGACAAAAUCAUGAUACCAGUAACGGGGUUGUCAAAUGGAAAACUGUGAUUUACUGUGACAGUUCUGCUGAUGAGUAAUGUAUUGGUAAUGGACAGCACAUGUAAGACACUAUUGCGUCCAUGUCUGGAGUACUCCUUAUCUCGCAGGUAUGACGGCAUAUGUCAAGAGAUAUCGGGAGACAUGUUUCCAGAAUCAUAAUAUACUAGCAACCUCUAUAGAGAAGUGCAACAGAGAACUUCGAAGAAAUUACAUAAUAUAUUAUCUAGGCGUAUCAUCUGCUUUUUGGAUUUGUCAACUACACGGCAGAAGUUAAGAAGCCUUAACGUAUUUAGCAAAUGGUUCCCAUUUCUGUUCAUAAGCCCUAAGUUCAUAUUUGCACUACUAAAUAUUGUGUAAUCUUUGAGUACCAAGAGGACUGGUUCCUCCAGCAGUUCCACAAACAAAUAUCUUUGUAAUUCAGGUGGUAGUUUACCGAAACAAUAUAAUUUACUAUUUCGGCAACGUUGCAGGUGCAGCUUCAAAUUUUGCAUUAACGAUCUUUGAUUUUUGACAUAGGCAGAUAGCCAUCAUGUUAAGCACUUGUUCUACUGUAGCUGGUUGCCAGUCAUAAUGAUGUGGCUACUUGAAUUUAGUUCUUCAUGGCUAGACCAGUGCUCAUUUACUGAAAGCAUACUGUGGUUUAAGUAUUCCAGCCAAUGUUCAAGUUUAUUGAUUAGUAGUUGAGAGACUCUAUAUCAGUAUUCAAGAAACCUACAUUAUGUAGUGUUCUAUUAGUGAAACGAAUUUCUUGAAACUCAGGUUACGAACACUUCUUCUUCUCCUUUUUCCUUUUUAAGUAAGUAGGGCAUUUUCAUCCUGUUUGUUAUCUUCAGAUCCAGUUUUUUCCUUGAAACUCUUUGCUUCUGAUUGGUCCCUUUUCCUUGGCUAACUGAUUUGUUGAAGAGUAAUUAUGCAGAGGGAGUUCACUCUUUUGGUCUGUGAACAAAUAAUUCUCACGCCGUACCUGUGGAUCUGUGGACGGAGUGAGCUGCGAUCUUAUUUCUGGUCCCCCCCUCUUGUGCUCCUUGGUUCCAGCCUGUAGUUCAAGUACUGCUGUCGCUAGUGCUGGUGGUGCUUCUCCUGAUAGUAUUGUUGGUAUUUCCAUUACUGAUGCAGUGGCCUCACCGUUUUAUGAAGUUAACAUAAAAUUGCGCACAUAAUUUCAAUAAUUUGUUUUAUUUUAGAGCUUAGGAACAUUCUACCACGAAUACGUAAAAGCAUACCGAGCCUUGUGAAUCAUUUCCUUUGCACUAAUUCCAUGUCUAGAAAGUGUGUUUCCCCAUGAUUAACAUAUUUUAAGAAAUUGUCAGUUGGCCUUAAUAGUUUUUAGAGGGAUGACUGUGUGAAGUUGUAUUUGUGCAGUGUUCCUGUAACUAUAAUGGUGUGUAAAACCUUACUAUGAUGUGACACUGCCAAGUUACGUGGCUCGAUGAAACUUGGUCCGUACGUAAAAAGGAUUGCUACGGUAUAGUACACAAAGUAACUGCAAGAAUUACGCAAUAAGACGAUUAGAACUGACUCCUUUGAUUAUAAAAAAAAUAAUUACACUAACGCCAGUACAAUUUAUGAUUGUGCCCUGGAUAAUACAAAUGGGGGAAACGGUUCUUAAUAGAGUGUAUGAUCACCACAGACAGCAAUGCGUGCUCUACAAUGUGCCCCAUUCUGGUCAUAAGGUCGAUAGGUGGUAAGGGGAUUCCUUUCCGUCACCAGCACAAAACUGCUGGAUGGUCAUCUGUAUAUGUGUACGUGCUGCUACAAUAUGUCUCCCCAAUGAAUCUCUAUAGUAAUUGAAGAGUUUUAAGUCGGCAGAAUGGACAGAUUAGAGGGAAGGGGGAGAUGGACAGAGAUAGGAGUGGGAUGAUAUGGGCUGAAGGAAGGGGGGAGGAAGACAUGCCCUGAGGGUGGUUGCUUGCACAGGAGAUGGACAAGCAGAAAGGGGGGGGGAGGAGGAGGUGUACACACAGAGGUGAGGGGAUGAGGUGGACAGUGAGACAGUGGGUGAAAUAAAAAAACUGAACAAUACAGUUUCUUCUCCACAAACUGGGCCUAAGUGAAAAAGUAAAUGAGUGUGUAUCUGUCACACUGCUAAGCAUUCGUUUGGACCCUCAACUGAAAUGGGAUGCACACAUGCACCUGUUGUGAAUUAAACUAUCACAUAUGAUUUAGAUGCUACACAAAUUAAAAUGGUGUGUCACUAAGGGA